AUGAUAGCCAGAGCGCUCACCGCAUUCGUUCUACUUCCAGGUGGACUCGCCUGGACGGCAAGCCGCCAGCCCCUCUCGGAGACCGUCGCGCCUUCGCAUGAAGUCUCGUACGGAGCUUCACAGGAGACAAAGGCUUCUCAACUUCGAGGCUUUGACGAGCGCUUGAACGUUGCAGAUGAAGAGAGCUCCGUGAUGCCAUCAUGGGCACGUGCUGGCUUGGCUGCGCUUGCCAUGGUCGCCGCAGUGGCGUUUGCUCCGCGCGCUGCGUUGGCGGAAUCCAACGUGAACAUGUAUGUGGGCCAGGGCUGCUUCUGGCACGUCCAGCAUGAAUUGGUCAAGCAAGAGACGGCGGACCUCGGCCGCAAAGCUGCAGACAUCACCGCGCUGUCAGGAUAUGCCGGCGGCACGGAGGUUGGCAGCAAGGGGGAGGUGUGCUACCACAACAUGGCGAUGGCACCUGACUAUGGUCGCAUGGGCCACACGGAGGUCGUGAAUGUGUCAGUGCCAGAGGGAAAGGUCGGCGACUUUGCGAAGGCCUACUUCGACGCCGCAUCAAAGUAUCCCUUUGGCCGCGCAGAUCCCCAGGAUCGCGGCACAGAGUACCGAUCUGCCAUUGGAAUUCCAGGCGGCAUGGAUGGACCGCUCUUCAAGGAGGUUGAAGCCGCGAACAACGGUCGGUUGCAGCUGGUUCGUGGCCAGGGCAAUGAUGCGGAUACCGUGGGCACGAAGAAAGUGUGGAUCUAUGACUCCAACCAGUUCCCCUUCCACCAGGGUGAGAUCUAUCACCAGUUCCACGAUGACAUGCUCGAGAGAUAUUCCCAGGAGUACCACCAGCUGAAGAAAGUCUUGUACUCUGCAGGAACCCUUCAGAAGGUUGCCUGCCCCGAGCGGAGGUGA